AUGGGUGGCGCCAACGUUGGUGGUGGUGGUGGGGCCUCUUCUGUUGCUAUCACGGGAGACGAAGAUCGGCGCUUCGAAGGUCAUGGGUAUGAUAAAGAGCUGAUCGAACUCUUAGAGCGCGACAUUGUCCAGCGGAACCUCAAUGUAAGGUGGGAUGAUAUAGCAGAGUUGGAAGAUGCAAAACGCUUAUUAAAGGAAGCUGUGGUUCUUCCAUUGGUACUACCCAACUUCUUCAAAGGCAUUCGACGCCCUUGGAAGGGAGUGCUGAUGGUUGGACCUCCAGGCACUGGGAAAACGUUAUUGGCAAAGGCUGUAGCCACAGAAUGCGGAACUACAUUCUUCAAUCUAUCUAGUUCUAGUUUAACCAGCAAGUGGCGUGGCGAAUCUGAGAAGCUGGUACGGCUUCUAUUUGAUAUGGCGCGUUUCUAUGCACCAAGCACUAUCUUCAUUGAUGAAAUUGAUUCAAUAUGCUCUCGACGCGGUGCCGAGUCAGAACACGAAGCUUCCCGCCGCGUAAAGUCAGAGCUUCUUGUUCAGAUGGAUGGUAAGAUAUAA